AUGAGAGUAGAGGACUCUAGUGUGUUAUUGACUUCCGUCCAGUUCAGGAGAGUAGAGGAGUCUAGUGUGCCAUUGACUUCCGUCCAGUUCAGGAGAGUAGAGGAGUCUAGUGUGCCAUUGACUUCCGUCCAGUUCAGGCGAGUAGAGGAGUCUAGUGUGCCAUUGACUUCCGUCCAGUUCAGUAGAGUAGAGGAGUCUAGUGUGCCAUUGACUUCCGUCCAGUUCAGUAGAGUAGAGGUGUAUAGUGUGGCAUUGACUUCCGUCCAGUUCAUGAGAGUAGAGGAGUCUAGUGUGCCAUUGACUUCCGUCCAGUUCAGGAGAGUAGAGGAGUCUAGUGUGCCAUUGACUUCCGUCCAGUUCAGUAGAGUAGAGGUGUAUAGUGUGGCAUUGACUUCCGUCCAGUUCAUGAGAGUAGAGGACUCUAGUGUGUUAUUGACUUCCGUCCAGUUCAGGACAGUAGAGGAGUCUAGUGUGCCAUUGACUUCCGUCCAGUUCAGGAGAGUAGAGGAGUCUAGUGUGCCAUUGACUUCCGUCCAGUUCAGGCGAGUAGGGGAGUCUAGUGUGGCAUUGACUUCCGUCCAGUUCAGGAGAGUAGAGGAGUCUAGUGUGGCAUUGACUUCCGUCCAGUUCAGGCGAGUAGGGGAGUCUAGUGUGGCAUUGACUUCCGUCCAGUUCAGGAGAGUAGGGGAGUCUAGUGUGCCAUUGACUUCCGUCCAGUUCAGGAGAGUAGGGGAGUCUAUUGUGCCAUUGACUUCCGUCCAGUUCAUGAGAGUAGAGGACUCUAGUGUGUUAUUGACUUCCGUCCAGUUCAGGAGAGUAGAGGAGUCUAUUGUGCCAUUGACUUCCGUCCAGUUCAUGAGAGUAGAGGACUCUAGUGUGUUAUUGACUUCCGUCCAGUUCAGGAGAGUAGAGGAGUCUAGUGUGGCAUUGACUUCCGUCCAUAUCAGGAGAGUAGAGGUGUCUAGUGUGGCAUUGACUUCCGUCCAGUUCAGGACAGUAGAGGAGUCUAGUGUGGCAUUGACUUCCGUCCAGUUCAGGAGAGUAGAGGAGUCUAGUGUGUCAUUGACUUCCGUCCAGUUCAUGAGAGUAGAGGACUCUAGUGUGUUAUUGACUUCCGUCCAGUUCAGAAGAGUAGAGGAGUCUAGUGUGGCAUUGACUUCCGUCCAGUUCAGGAGAGUAGAGGAGCCUAGUGUGUCAUUGACUUCCGUCCAGUUCAGGAGAGUAGCGGAUUCUAGUGUGCCAUUGACUUCCGUCCAGUUCAGGAGAGUACAGGAGUCUAGUGUGGCAUUGACUUCCGUCCAGUUCAGGAGAGUAGAGGAGUCUAGUGUGGCAUUGACUUCCGUCCAGUUCAGUAGAGUAGAGGUGUAUAGUGUGGCAUUGACUUCCGUCCAGUUCAGGAGAGUAGAGGAGUCUAGUGUGUCAUUGACUUCCGUCCAGUUCAGGACAGUAGAGGACUCUAGUGAGCUAUUGACUUCCGUCCAGUUCAGGAGAGAGAGGAGCCUAGUGUGUUAUUGA